AUGGGGGUGAUUUUGGUGGGGGGGGUGGGGGGUAUGGGGGGUAGGGGGGUGUGGGUGUUUGGGGUUGGAGGUGAUUUGGGUGGGGGGGUGGUUUUGGGUUUUGGGGGGUGUGGGGGGUGGGUGGGGUGGUGGGGUUGGGUGGGGGUGGGUUGGGUGGGGUGUGGUUUUUUGGGGGGGUGGGUUGGUGGUGUAUGGGGGAGUGUGAUGGGGGUGUAUGGGGUGUUUGGUUGGGGGGUGGGUAGGGAUGUUGGGGUGGGUGUGGUGAUUUGGGUAUGUGGGGGGGUGGGUGGGUGGGGUUGGUAUGAUGUGUGGGUGUGGGUGGUGUAUGGUGUGUGUGUGGUGGGGUAUUUUGGUUUGGGGUUGGUGUGGGUUGUUGGUGGGGGGUGGGGUGGGUGGGGGUGUGGUUUUAGGUGUUGGGUGUUUGUUUGUGAUUGGUUGUGUGUUUGGGGGUUGUUGUGGGGUGGGGGUGGGGGGGGUUUGUUGAUAUUUGUGGUAUGUUGGGGGUGUGUGUGUGGGUUUGGUGGGGGGUGGGGUGGGGGGGGGGGGGUGUGGGGGGUUGGUUGGGGUUGUGGUGGUGGGUGUUAUGUGGGGGGGGGUUUGGGGAUGGUUGGGGGUGUGGUUGUGGGGGUAUUUGGGGGGUGGGGUGUGUGGUGGGGGUUUGGUGUUUGGGGGUGGGUGGAGGUGGGGGGGGGGGGGGGGGGAGUGUGUUUUGUGGGGGGGUGUGUGAGUGGGUGUGUGGUGGUGGAUGUGUGGUGUUGGUGGGGUUGUGAUGGGGGUGUUUGGGGGGGGUGUGGGGGGGUUGGGGGGGGUUUGGUGGUGUUUGGUGUUAGGUUUUUGUUGUGUGGAGGUGGGUGGGGGGGUUGGGGUGUGGGGGGUUUGGGAUUGUGGUGGGGGUUUGGGUAUGGGGGGGGGGGGUGGGUGUUGUGGUGUUUGGGAUGGGGGGGGUGGGGUUGUUUUUGGGGGGGGAGAUGGGUGGUUGGGUUGGGUGGUUUGGGGGGGGGGUAUGGGGUUGGGGGGGUGGGUGGUUUGGGGGAUGUUUGUGGUUUGGUGAGGGGUUUGGUUUGGUUGGUUUGGGGGUGGUAG